AUGGUGCUCGUCACGGAGGCCCGCCGUGGGCCGGGCUGCUCGCCCCUCAAACUCAAGCAAAUGGCGCAAACGAAGGCGGGGGACGCGCAGGUGUACCCCGCCCGACUCUCCCGCGCCUCCGAGCUGCCGCCGGAGGACGAGGAGGAGGACGACGACGAUGAGUACUUGGGCUCGUGCGAAUCCGAAGGGGAGGACGACUAUGUGGAGUACGACGACUUCUCCGACCUGCCCGACACCCGGAGCAUCGCCUCGGACGACUCGUUCUACCCGCCGGAGGACGAGUCGGAGUUCGCGGACGGCGAGAGUUCGUCCCCCGCCGAGAGCCCGGCGCCCAUCUCCCUGUUCCAGGCGUGCAGCAGCAACAACGCCCUCUUCGUCAAACUCAUGAUAAGACAGGGAGUGACUGAAGAAGACGUCCGGGAGACGGAUAAGAACAGCAGGACCGGACUUAUGGUCGCUUGCUAUCAGGGUUACGUGGACAUCGUCACUGCCCUGGCACAGUGUGCCUACAUCGACAUCAACUGGCAGGACAACGAGGGAAAUACGGCGCUCAUCACGGCCGCUCAGGCAGGACAUAUCACAAUCACCAACUACCUGCUCAACUACUACCCCGGCCUCGACCUGGAGCGCCGCAACUGCCACGGGUUCACAGCCCUCAUGAAAGCGGCCAUGCAAGGCAGGACGGACUGCGUGCGGGCCCUCAUGCUCGCAGGAGCGGACUUGGCAGCCCGUGACUAUGGCCGGAAGCUCACGCCACAGGAGUGGGCUCUGUUCACGGGUCGCUACGAGACAGUGAAGGUGAUGGCGCGGCUCUUGGCACAGCCCAUGCCGGUGCAGUUCUGCGAGUCCUACCGGGCUGAGUGGCCGCUGCUGCCCCACCUGGUGGCCAAGGCCAGGGAGCCCAGGGGCUGCCUGCGCAAGCUGUCCGAGACGGUGCGCAGAGCGCUUACUUUCGGCGGUGCUGGUGAGCCGCAGCCGGACGGUGUCCUGGACCACAUGGUGCGCAUGACCACUGGAAUGGGCAGCCCGUUUGUGGCCACGGCCUGCCGUACCGUGUGCCCGGGCAGCCCGCCGCGCGUGGGGAAGCGCCGUUAUGCCGUGCAGGAGAUCCUCAAGAAACAGAGGACAGAACAGCUCAAAGGUCUGGGUCCCGAGCACCUCGCCAAUCACAAGAGGCUCUUCCAGAACUCCAAGAUCAUGCUGGUGCCCAAGAAAAAAGACCGCCGGGCGAGCCUGCAGCCCCAAAGCCCCAAGGCGCCAGCAGGGGAUGCUGCCGCAGUGGCACUCAGGCGCACCAGCCUCAUGCCCCUGCACAUGGUGAGAAGGCGCAGCGUGCGCCCAGGGUUCGUCGUACCCAAGGUCAGGGUGACCAAGGCCCCGGCACCCACCUACGAGCCCGAGAAGGUGGGACGGAAAGGUGGCAACGGUGACAGUCACUUCCUGCAGAUCCCCAAGUGGAGGUACAAGGAGCUGAAGGAGGAGCGGAGGAAGGCCGAGGAGGAGGAAAGGAAAAGGAUGGAGGCCGUCUCCCAAAAGCUGUUCACCAUGGCCAAGAAGAAGUGAGGCUCCUCGCGGCCUUUUGCUGCACACACCUCACCUCUCGCUGCUGAGCUGAGCCAUGUACUUUCUAAAGCUUUUAUACUUGAAAAGUUUUAAUAUUUAUUUUCAUAUUUAUUGCUUGGGAAAAUGUUGCGUUUUAUAAUGUUUAAUAGAUUGAAUUAUGCAACCAGGUAACCAUUGAACAGGUUUACACAAAUGAACAGGCUAGAAAUUUCACAGGUUUAUUAUGUCCUCACAUAUUUUAACUGCACACUCAUGAGGUCUAAAUGACAUAUUUCCUGGCCUAUGAGAAACCUUCAAAAAGCAAAAUUGCUCUCGCAAAGUUUAACCAUGUGAAAAUUCCGAUCCUCAGAGCCAAUCCUCUCUGGAAAUGUAUGAAUGCUACAAAAAGAGCUGAGACAAUCAUAGGAUGGUAGAAAACAGUCAUUUUCUGUAGCAGGAAAAGGCAGAGAAAACACCCCAUAAUCACUAAGAAAAAGCAUUUCCUAUUAGGUUUUAUGUGCAGUGAACUCACUGUGUUUCUAAUGUUUUCGGAACAAGUGCAUAAAGAUACAUUAAAUAUGCAGAACAUCUUCCGCUAGCAAAAUGUUAACAUUUCUGUGUAGUAUAUGUAUUCCUUUUUAUUAUUCUUUAAUACACAUUUAAAUAAUAUGCUUCUAAAUGAUGAGGGCUGGACAGUUUACACUUUGCUAGACAUUUUCGUCACAACAAUGUGCAAGCAGCAUGUCUCCAUCUUAACAACACAUUGGUUACUGCUGAUUAGUCAAUGGGCUCUUACAGUGCGGUAGAGUACAGUACAGGAUAUGCAGGAUGAGCACUGACUUCAACUCAGCAGGGUUGAGCUCCACCUCCCCUAUAGCAAUGAUCUUGUUUAUACCACCUUUUUUUAUAUUUAUUAGGAAAUCGUAUGUCCAGUAUCUGUGCGGGAUAAGGGGUUCGCUGUGGAAAUGUGCUAAGCUCUCGGCCUGUUUUUUUGUACCAACAAUCAGAAUCUGUAGUGAUUUAUCAGCGCUGAAAAGCCAAAGUGGGACAGUGUUCCAGGUGUCGAGCUUUUUCACUUCAGGUUUCUAUCUAAAGAGCUGUAAUUUACUACUUCUCGAAAGAUGUGGUCCCCACUAUGGCGUUUUUAAUGCUGACGACACACUGCUCUGUUGCCGUUGUUUCUGUCCCUCAUACUGCAAUACGUCACCUUUCCAGGGUAACUGCUGAUGGAUUUCUCUUGCUCAUUAUAUUUUUACACUAGGCUUCUCACUUCGUCACAUCGCGAGAGAAAUAUUUUUGCAUUUAGAAAAUCAACCUUUUCAGGGUUGUUGGUACUGAAUGUGUGUCCAGAGGGACAAUGUUUGAGAUUAAAAAAGGAGCUCCUGCUCGUAUUGAAUACACUAUCUCAGGAAUGUGCUGCCAGCCACUUGGAUGCUCUAACAAACACUAGAGAAGAGCCGUGUCUGUGGGGAGCAGACUGUUCAAAAUUGGGUAGCUCUUUCUGGUCCAGGGGCCAAUGGAAGCAUCCGCCUGCCCUUGCCAAGGUCCCCGUGAACCUCUUUCCUCUUUUAACCUGUUUGGGGUUGUUGGGUCACGUCCUCUCCUCUGCUGGUUUUCCCGUGGCCGUGUUGGACAGGACAACCCCUACGCUGUGCUCAGUCGCACUCGUGUGAAGACGGGGCCACUGGGUAGCGCUCUAAUGCAACCGGCUAGAACCUGUUUACACCCCUUGUUUGUCAGGACUGUCCUAGAAAACAUCAACAAGCGGUAGAUGGAGAAUGUAAUGCAGAGUUAUCAUGGUUUCGUUGUCAAUAAAGACUGGUUUACACUGUGAA